GUCAGGCGGAUUUCCUUCACAACAGACCGAACCGGGGAGCAGCUGCAGCAGAGCCAGUGCGCUCAAUGUCACCGGGCACCGGAGAAGAUGAUUUUACAGCGAGGUCGGUAAAGCCUGUCUCUGCGAGCCUCAUGAAGGUAUUUACCCAAGUUUUCUCACUAGGCUCACUAGGUUGGCUGUACCCUGACACUAUCAUCUGUUCAACCUCUUUCCUCCAACCACCCCGACCAGCUCCUCUUCCCCCUCCUCCUCAACCUGUGGCCUAUUUAUACCCUGGAGACUCAAAAGAGCCCAUUAAAGCUCCGCAGACCUCUUCAGCAAGAGACAACAGUGAGCAUGAAUCCGAUGACACAUGGGCGAUCUGAUCUUCUUCACCUUUUCUUCGACAGAUACAAAUAAGGAAAACUAAGGUUUAAACCACUGGAAAUUCUUCAGAUGCAAGACUACAACUACACCAAGCGUCAGAUGACAAACUGUCUCUGAUAAACCAUUGUGGCAAGGACAGUUUGCAGCUGCAGCAGAUUUCUUGCAAUUUUGGAUGCAGCAUGCGCUUGGGUCCACGGACUGGAGGUUCUGUCCUAUUUUGUUGAAAUACAGGAAAACACACAGUCAUAACAUUUGUUUAUUGACUCUAAAUAGCUAAAUAGCUAUGUGAUUUGGGCAAGGACGCUGAAAGAAUUUACCUUCUAAAUGAUUCACAUAUCUGAAGCCCCCCACCUCUUCCAGCCAUGAGCUAAGCUCACGUCACCCCGGGUGCAGGAUGACUGCUGUCUGCCCAUCCGAGAGCAGCCCAGAAGGGGCUGAAGCUGGGGCCGGGACAGCAGGCUCCAGGGGGUCGGGGGCAGCAGGCACCGCUGGGAGCAUCUCAGUGUCUGGGGCUGAGACCGGGGACUCUAAUGGAGACUCUGUCAAAGGCUCAAUUGGAGGCACAGCUGUGGUCGCUGGUGGCCAGAGGUACAACCGCUGGAGCCGCCAGGACAGCUCAGACAUCAACACAGACGAUGAGGGAGCCACCAUUCGCCGCCUCACUCCACUGGAAAGACUGAACCUAGAUAUGUGCCAGGAUGAAAGGGUGGUCCGUGAGCUAACUGUGGGCAGAAGAAUCGGCUUCUACAAAAUUCGAGGAGAGAUUGGCUGUGGGAAUUUCUCCCAUGUCAAGCUGGGAAUUCAUGCCCUCACCAAAGACAAAGUGGCCAUAAAGAUCCUAGACAAAACCAAGCUGGAUCAGAAGACCCAGAGGCUGCUGUCCAGAGAGAUGUCCAGCAUGGAGAAGCUACACCAUCCCAACAUCAUACGCCUCUAUGAGGUGGUGGAGACAUUGUCACGGUUACACCUGGUGAUGGAGUACGCAGGGGGAGGGGAGCUCUACACCAAGAUUACUACAGAAGGGAAGCUUUCUGACACUGAAAGCAAAAUUGUCUUUGCUCAGAUCCUCUCUGCUGUUAGACACAUGCAUGAAAACAACAUUAUCCACCGUGAUCUGAAGGCAGAAAAUGUGUUCUACACCAGCAGCUCUUGCGUCAAGGUCGGGGACUUUGGCUUUAGCACGCUGAGUCGCCGUAGUGAGACUCUCAACACAUUCUGCGGCUCUCCGCCCUACGCCGCUCCUGAGCUCUUUCGGGAUGAGCAUUAUGUUGGCAUCUUUGUAGACAUCUGGGCCCUGGGGGUGAUGCUGUUCUUUAUGGUGACAGGCACGAUGCCGUUCAGGGCAGACACUGUGGCCAAACUGAAGCGAUGCAUCUUGGAGGGAGCCUACAUCCUGCCCUCGUGGGUGCCAGAGGCAUGCCAGAGGCUGAUCAGGGGAAUCCUCCAACCUAUACCAUCUGACCGCUGCACAGUGGAGCAGAUGAUCGGAUGUGAGUGGCUACUCCCUGUGGACUUCCCUCGUGCCAUGGAGCCCUUUAAACUAGACCCAUCCUACCUAGCAGAGAGUGAACCAUCUGAACUCGGGGAGGAAGAGAUGGAGGUAAAGGCAGCACUGGAGACACUAGGGAUCACCUCAGAACACAUCCUCAACAACCAGGGGAAAGACUGCAGGAGCUCAAUCACAGGGGUCUAUCGGAUCCUGCUACACCGUGCUCACAAGAAACGGGCUGUCGAGAGCGUGCCCGCAGUCACAAAGGUAGUCGGACCAACACCAACGAGUAAAAAGGAACGACUAAAAGUGUACCGUAGUUUGAGGCAUACAUCUAAACUCUGUGUGAUUCUGUGACAAAAUGCUGGAAAGACUUGUAGUCUGCGAUGAGAUUGCAUGGAUUUCAUUAUAAAUAAAAAAGUGCUUUACAGUCCAGCAGUUUAAAUUGAAAUCAUGGCAUAUAACCCCACUCAGCUCCUGAAAUCUGGGAUUUCUUACUUUAGUAACUUUCUUCUAGUAAGUAAAAUUAGUCUCUGUGAGAAUGCUGCCAGUCAAUCACUGUUGUCUCCUUUUUUGACAGGGACAGGUACCUGUAAUCCUCAUGAGAUUAGGGAAAUGUUGGUAAAAAUAAUUUAUUUAACUAACAUUAUGAUGGUUAGAUGGCAAACACAGCUUUUCAUUUGGAUCAUGCAGGCCAGAUCAUUUAUAGCCCCAUCCUAUGCUCAGUUUUGCUGGAUAAACCCAAUAAAACCUUAGAGAAAUCAAUGUAGCAUAAAUAUUAAGGAAACAAGUUAGAAAUCCACAACAUUAUGCUGAGGUGAUAACGUGGUGAAACAUGAAAUGUGGUGUAUUUAAUGUUUAAUUGCACUUUUCUUCGAUGCCUUAGUUUUCUAUCAUGUUAUGAAAUCAGACAGACUGGUUUUUAUUACACUCCUAUAAAGUUUAUGAUGAUAUGAAUAGAGAUUUCACAUCUUACCUUCUUAUGUGAUGUAUCUCCAUGAGAUGUUUGACUGGUUGACAUGAAUGACCUCACUCUCUUUUCCUUGUGGCCUGAAAAAGCCAAUACAUGUCAUUAAGCUACAAAUACCAACAUACCAACCACCAAAGUUAUUAGUUGUUCAUGUGGCAAAAUCAAUUUUCGGUUACUACUCAGGCAAUUUCUGUAUGAAUUUCAGUAAUUAGGUUUUUUAAAUUAUCUGAUGCCAUGUUAAUACUCAUGUGUUGAUUAAAAUACAUUUAAAAUUGAAA